AUGGUCGGCGCCGUGUUGUUCCCCAUCGAGGGAACAGCCGAUCUGAGACGUGUUGAGGCUCCCGUCUCGUUCGGUGCCUAUCUUCUGUGCGCUUUCGCUGCCUUUGGCGGUAUCUUCUUUGGCUAUGAUACCGGCUGGAUGUCGGGUGUGCUCGGCAUGCCUUACUUUAUUACAAUGUAUACGGGUAUGCAAUACGACUACGAAGCCGGGAAGCCCAUCGGGGUCGAUCCAACAAAGUUUGGUCUGCCAUCAUCGACAAAGUCUCUCAUGACCUCGAUUCUGUCCUGCGGUACAUUCCUUGGGUCUCUCGUUGCCGGUGAUGUUGCCGAUUACAUUGGUCGUCGUCCGACUAUUAUUUCCGGCUGUUUCGUCUUUUGUAUCGGCUGCUCGAUGCAGAUUGCUUCGACCAACCAGACGGCACUAUUUGUUAUGGGCCGUCUGAUUGCCGGUCUCGGUGUCGGCUUCAUCUCUGCUGUCAUUAUCCUGUACAUGGCCGAGGUCGCGCCGCGUAAGGUCCGUGGUGCGCUCGUCGCCGGCUACCAGUUCUGCAUCACUGUCGGUAUUUUGCUCGCAAACUGUGUAGUAUACAGCACCCAGGCCCGGAAUGACCCUGGCUCGUACCGUAUCCCCAUUGGUGUGCAGUUCAUCUGGGCUGUGAUCUUGGGUAUUGGUCUCUUCUUGCUUCCUGAAUCUCCCCGUUAUCAUGUCAUGAAGGGCAUGAUCAAGGAGGCCGCGAAGGACCUUUCUCGUGUUCGUGGCCAGCCGGUCGACUCCAACUACAUCAAAGAUGAGCUGGCAGAAAUCGUCGCCAACCACGAGUACGAAAUGCAGGUGAUCCCACAGAUGAGCUACAUCGGUUCCUGGCUGGCCUGCUUCCAAGGCGGCUUCCGCAGGCGCGGCGGCAACCUGCGUCGCACCCUGAUCGGCUGCGGUUCCCAGCUGUUCCAGCAGAUUACUGGCAUCAACUUCAUCUUCUACUUCGGCGUGACCUUUUUCCAGCAGCUCGGCACGAUCAGCGACCCCUUCUUCAUGUCGCUCGUCACGACGCUUGUCAACGUCGUCUCGACUACCAUCUCCUUUUGGGCCGUCGAGAAGAUUGGCCGUCGGCCCCUCUUGAUCUACGGCGGUACCGGCAUGGUCAUCAGCCAGCUCGUUGUCGCUGUCAUUGGUGUCACAGCCGGUCGCCCUGAGGAGCAUAACGAUGCCGCCGUCAAGACCAUGAUUGCCUUCAUCUGCAUCUUCAUCUUUUUCUUCGCCUCGACCUGGGGUCCCGUUGGCUGGAUCUUGGUUGGUGAGCUCUUCCCCUUGCCUAUUCGCUCCCGCGGCGUCGGUAUCUCGACCGCCUCCAACUGGCUCUUCAACAUGAUCAUCGCCCUCGUCGCGCCCUACAUGGUCGGCAACGACGAGCACUCGGCCGACCUCGGUCCCAAAGUUUUCUUCAUUUGGGGCGCCUGCUGCGUCGGCUCGACACUGUUCGCUUACUUCUGCGUGCCCGAGAUGAAGGGUCUCACCCUCGAGCAAAUCGACCAGAUGAUGGAGGAAACGUCGGCCCGCGAGUCCACGUCCGAGUCGGUUGCCACCAUCCUGGUGUCGUGCAAGCAGACCCGCUUCGACAUCAAAUGCCCGAACUAUCGGGAGCUCGAUGUCGAGGGCCUCAAUAUCACAGUCACAUCCAGACCGGUAGAUAAUGGUGAGGCUAAGGGAAGAGGCAAGGCCAAGGCAUCGGAGGGUACCGAAAUCCUGAGCAAUGCCAAGUUAAGGCUUAAGGCUGGGGGCCGUUAUGCCCUUGUUGGCAGAAAUGGAACGGGGAAAUCAACACUCAUGAGGGCCAUCGCCGAGAAACUCAUCCCCGGGAUACCCGAGGAGACGAGGAUCUCUAUCCUGCAACAGACCAGUGUGAAAGACGUCAACGCCGAUGACCUGCCCGAGACAUCAGGGCCAUCCGAUGGCCCGUCCGUCCUAGAAGAGGUCAUCGACAAAGCCACAUCCAAGACAGAACUUGAAAAAGAAAUCAACGCCCUUUCCACCGGCCUCAACAGCCCCUUCCCCCACGAUGCAGUCUUCGCCCUCCGCAAACUCCGUCUCGACCGCAUGAAAAAACGUCUCUUCGUCCUCGACAAGGACGCCCGACUCCGCAGCGGCACACGAGGCUUACAAGCUCGCAAAGCCCUCGUCGAGUACGAAAAACAGGUCGCGGCCGCCGAGGCACAGCUCAGCCAGCCUCCGAAAGAGAUAUCCUCCGAGACGCUACAGGCCGAGACGCAAGAAGCGGCGGAUUUAUUGGGCGAGCUGCAGGCGCAGGUUGAGCCGAGUCGGAUGGCAGAGGUUGAAGGUAAUGCGAAGAAGAUAUUGAUGGGGUUGGGGUUCAAGGAGGGGGAUAUGGCGAAGUCAGCGGGUAGUUUGUCGGGGGGUUGGAGGAUGCGGGCCGCAUUGGCUACGGCGCUGCUUAAGGAGGCGGAUAUUCUUAUUUUGGACGAGCCGACAAAUUUUUUGGACUUAUUUGGGAUAUUGUGGCUGCAGAAGUGGUUACAGCACAUGGAGGAUACACUCGCCACACCGCCGACGCUGGUGUUCGUCUCUCACGACCGCGAUUUUGCCUCGUCCGUCUGCACGGACCUGAUCAUCCUCAAGGAUAAGGAGCUAACCUACUUCCACGGCGACCUACCCUCAUACGAGGCCGCGCAGGCCGAGAAGCGGAUCUACCUGACGAAGAUGAAGGAGGCACAGGACAAGCAGCGCGCCCACAUGCAGGAGUCCAUCCGGCAGAACUUGAUCCAGGGGCGCAAGAACGACGACCAGAACAAGAUCCGACAAGCCAAGAGUCGGCAAAAGAGGCUCGAAGAUCGCAUGGGCAUGCAGGUGAAUGAGAAGGGUGGGCGGUUCAAGCUGAAUCGGGAUCUAGUUGGGUGGCAUACCUCCUCGCGAGCGGAGAUUGUUGUGCCCCAGGAGGAGAGGGGCGUUACAAUUGUGUUGCCGGAUCCGACGGAGCUCCGGUUUCCUGGGUCGUUGAUCUCGUUGGAGAAGGUGUCGUUUCGGUAUGCGGGGGAGAAGGGGCAGAAGGUUAGGCCGCCAGCCACGUUGAUAGAUGUGAGUUUGACGGUCGGGAUGGGCGAUCGGAUUGGGAUUUUGGGGCUUAAUGGGGCGGGCAAGUCGACGUUGAUUAGGCUGCUGGUGGGGGAUCCCGCUCCGGCUGGGGCGAAGGUUACGGGAAAUGUGACAACUCAUCCACGCCUCAAGCUAGCCUACUACUCCCAACACGCAGUCGAGGCUCUCCAACGCCUAGGCCAAUCCGACCCCUCCUUGACAGCCUUGUCCCUCCUCACCUCCGAAGUCUCGCCCGACGCCGGCCUCGACGAAUCCGACAUCCGCGGCCUUCUCUCCUCUCUCGGCCUGCGAGGCAACCUCGUCUCGUCAGUGCCUAUCCGCCGCCUCUCCGGCGGCCAGCUCGUCCGGCUGGAACUUGCCCGUCUGCUUUGGCGCCGACCGCUCUGUCUCGUGCUAGACGAGGUCACGACGCAUUUGGACUAUGAGACGGUUACUGGGCUGAGGAAGGCGUUGAGGGAGUGGGAGGGGGCAGUUGUGCUUGUGAGCCAUGAUCGCUGGUUUAUGAGGGGGGUUGUGGAGGGGGAAAGGGAUAAUGAGGAUGGAGAGGAAGAGCAGGAUGAGGAGGAAGAAGAGGGGAGGAAGGAUGGGGAGGGGGUUGGGAGACGACGGGUAGUGUAUAAGUUGGCUGGGGGGAAGUUGAGCUUGUUGGAGGGAGGUGUAAGGGAGUUUGAGGAGGGGAUGGAGAGGCGGGUUGGGAGGCUGAUUGGUGAUUGA